AAACCUGGAGAAUAAAACACGAGGAACUAGAAACCUGGAGAAUAAAACACGAGGAACCAGAAGCCUGGGGAAUAAAACACGAGGAGCCAGAAACCUGGAGAAUAAAACACGAGGAACCAGAAACAUGGAGAAUAAAACAGGAGGAACAAGGAGGUCUGAUGAAAAUUAAAGAAGAAAGACGAGAUACGAAAGAGGUGGAAGAGAUGUAUCCGGAUCAGAAAGAUCAUGAUGUCAAUGGAGAAAAAUCAUUGAGUCGCAGCACUAAAAAAACAGAAGUCAAACGGCCCUUCAGCUGCUCUCAAUGUGGAAAGCGUUUCACACGUAAGGGAUACCUUAAGACUCACAUGUUAAUUCAUGCUGGAAUAAAGCCUUUCACCUGUCCACAGUGUGGAAAGAGUUUCAUAAGUAAAGGAAUCCUGAGGGAUCACAUGUUAAUCCAUACUGGGAUAAAGUCUUUCAGCUGCUCUCAGUGUGGAAAGAGUUUUAUACAGAAAAAUCGACUUAAAAAUCAUUUGGUAACUCACACUUCAGAAAAACCUUUCUCCUGCUCUCAGUGUGGAAAGAGUUUUAAAAAAAAGUCAAACAUUAAUAGGCACAUGUUAAUUCAUACUGGGAUAAAGUCAUUCAGCUGCUCUCAGUGUAGAAAGACAUUUACACAGAAAUCAAGCCUAAAGGAUCACAUGUUAAUUCAUGCUGGGAUAAAGUCUUUCUUCUGCUCUCAGUGUGGAAAGAGUUUUACACAUAAAUCAUACCUUAGGAGGCACAUGUUAAUCCAUACUGGGAUCAAGUCUUUCAGCUGCUCUCAAUGUGGAAAGAGCUUUACAGAGAAAAGUCAACUUAAAAAACAUUUGGUAACUCACACUUCAGAAAAACCUUUCUCCUGCUCUCAAUGUGGAAAGAGUUUUAUAAAUAAAUCAGUCCUUAAGAGGCACAUGUUAGUUCAUACUGGGAUAAAGUCUUUCAGCUGCUCUCAGUGUGGAAAUACUUUUACACAUAAAUCAAGCCUAAAGGAUCACAUGUUAAUUCAUACUGGGAUAAAGUCUUUCUGCUGCUCUCAAUGUGGAAAGAGCUUUAUAAAUAAAUCAAACCUUAAUAGGCACAUGUUAGUUCAUACUGGGAUGAACUCUUUCAGCUGCUCUCAGUGUGGAAAGAAUUUCAGACACAAAGGACAACUUAAGAAUCAUUUGGUAACUCACUCUUCAUAAAAGCCUUUCUCCUGCUUUCAGUGUAAAAAGAGUUUUACACAAAAAGAAGAACUUGUGGCUUGUUUCCACUUAGCUGUACGGUACAGUCCAUUACAAUUUGGUACAGGGAACCCUGAUCAGACUUGUGUUUCCACUGCCAGUACUACCUUUACUUGGUAGAUGUGGCG